UUCAAAUUUUUUGUCUUUAUUAAUACAAAAGCUUGUCUUAAUUGUUCUUAAUCAGCAAAGGUGCGUUUUUCUAUUGUAUAUUCCAUUUUCUCUUGCGUCCUUUUUGUUUUGUUAAUGGAAAAGGUGUGAUCUUGUUCCAUACAAUUCAGUGACAAAGCAAAACCCAUUACCCAAUAAGUGUUAGAACCUUAGUUGGAGCAAUCCUUCACAAUUUCUGAGAGAUUCCAUUGCCUAAGCCGCGUAGUGUCUGCUUUUGGCAGUUCUGUGGGUUUUCUUUUGUUUGAUAUUAUUGCUGAGAAAAAGCUUCAAUUAUUGCUCAACUGCAACAACUUUGGUGCUUUUUGGUCAUAUUAUUGAAAGACGAUAAGAAGUUGCGAUUGAAGAGCGAAGAGGUUUUAUCUAGGAGAAGGGUUUACAGUUCUAGACAUGUCUGUUGCUUUGCUAUGGGUGGUCUCACCUACUACUACUACUACAGAUGUCUCCAAAUGUUUUGGGUUCAUUGAUUCAUCAAAAUUCUUCGUUAAAGAUAGGAGAUUGAUGUUUAAUGGUGCUGCCAAAAAGGGCAGGAGACAGAAUUGGAAUUAUUGCUCUCUAAAUGCAGAUUUGAGAAGUGGAAGCUACUUCCCUGUAAUAUCAAGUGUGGUGGCUAGCCCUGCCGGAGAAGUGGCUGUCUCGUCUGAGGAGAAGGUUUAUAAUGUGGUGUUGAAGCAGGCAGGCUUGGUUGAGAAGCAAUUGAGGUCUAGAGGGGAUUUAGAUGUGAAACCAGAUAUCGCGAUUCCAGGGACUUUGAGCUUGUUGAGUGAAGCUUAUGACCGAUGUGGAGAAGUUUGUGCAGAGUAUGCAAAGACAUUUUACUUGGGAACUUUGCUAAUGACUCCUGAAAGGCGAAGGGCUAUCUGGGCAAUUUAUGUGUGGUGUAGAAGAACAGAUGAGCUUGUUGACGGGCCUAAUGCUUUGCACAUAACGCCAACAGCGUUAGACAGGUGGGAGGCAAGGUUGGAAGAUCUUUUUGAAGGUCGUCCAUUUGAUAUGCUUGAUGCUGCCCUUUCAGAUACUGUUACCAAGUUUCCGGUCGAUAUUCAGCCAUUUAAAGAUAUGAUUGAAGGAAUGAGGAUGGAUCUAAGGAAGUCAAGAUACAAGAACUUUGAUGAACUAUAUCUUUAUUGUUAUUAUGUUGCUGGGACUGUUGGAAUAAUGAGCGUUCCGGUUAUGGGCGUUGCACCUGAAUCUCAGGCAAAAACAGAGAGUGUUUAUAAUGCUGCCUUGGCUUUAGGAAUUGCGAAUCAGCUCACCAACAUACUCAGGGAUGUUGGAGAAGAUGCAAGUAGAGGUAGGAUAUAUCUACCACAAGAUGAGUUAACGCUGGCUGGGCUAUCGGAAGAUGACAUAUUUGCUGGAAAGGUGACCGAUAAAUGGAGAAACUUCACGAAGAGUCAGAUUAAGAGGGCAAGGAUGUUCUUUGAUGAGGCAGAGAAAGGUGUGACAGAACUGAGCGCAGCCAGUAGAUGGCCGGUAUGGGCGUCUUUGCUCUUGUAUCGUCAAAUACUGGACGAGAUAGAAGCUAACGAUUACAACAACUUCACGAGGAGGGCUUAUGUGAGCAAAGCGAAGAAGCUACUUGCUUUGCCAGUUGCAUACACAAGAUCCCUUAUCCGUCCAUCAAGAACAGCUUUGGCUUCCAACAAGAUUUGAACAGAAAACUCUAUAGCAAUAUGUAUAGUACAGUAUAUCAAGAUAGAGGAUAAAAGUUGAUAUCUUGCAUAUUAUAACUGAUGUAAUGCAGCAAGUGACACACAUUGUGACUUAUUAAGGUGCUUGGAGAGAGGAGGGCGAUCCAAGCACUUAGAGUUUACGCGAAGUCAGAGAUGAGCGAUUAUCUCAUCGCGUUACGUAUAAAACUGAAACUGAUUAAAACUUA